CGUACUUACAUAAACGGCAUAUCCCAGACGUGGUCUUGUCUGAAUUUUUUUGAACAUACGGAUUUUUCUUUAGAUCAUGGUCCAGAUGAGUUUAUAUUUGCGCUGCCGUGUUGGACUCGAGUUCUUUGAGUUUUUGAACGAGAGUGAUCGAGCUUUUAUCACCGACAGAGAUGAACUCAAAGACAUUUACAACGAUGAGUUCAAGAACAAAGAGGCCAGAGAGCCAAACUUCGGUUCAGUUCUGUAUGCCCUGAAACAUGCGAACAAAACAACAAGAGGAGAUACCAUUCACUUCAGCCCUAAGGUCAUAUUUCAGUAUCUAGAUCAGUGGGCAUUAUUCAGGGACCAUCAGCCAGGGUGGAUCCAGAAUGGAGAGGCCAGACCUAUGCUGGAAGAGGCAGUGUCCAGGGUUCGAGCCAGGAGGAAACUGGCCAACAUAUUGAUAAACAGGCUGAAGACAGACAGGGCUCAGUUAAUAGCUGACAAGCAUGGUGUCAGCAUCAAGUCUGACCAUCAGUUUGAGGACGGGAACAUUAGCUUUCGUACAGAUAGCGCAAAUGAGUAUGUGGUAAAUCUGACUGUGAAAAACACGGGAACCAAACCUGUGUAUUUCACCUACUACACCCCGCUGCGCUGGCUCAGGCACUUCUUUCUAAAUGAUGAGAACCAUGUGACUAGAACAAACCCUCUCACACUAAAACCAGGUGAUGGCUAUAAGAUCCAGGUUCGAUUCCACUGCAGUUUGCUUGGUGUCUAUGUAGCCCUACUGGCCUUUGAGUUUCAACCAGACCUGCAGUCCUCCAGUGCUUUCCACAUUGUGCGCUUUAUUGAGGCUGAGACUGUGCCCUCCUCCUUUUUUUCAGCAUACCCAACACAUGCUGACCAUGCUGACCCCAACACUUGUGGGAUGUGUAGGUUGUUUUACAACACUUUUGUGGCCAUUGCUCCCAACAAAUGUAGAGCCUUGGAGCGUGGAACUGUUGAGCAGCACAACUCUCACAUGUGGCAUGAUGCUCGUAAGAUAAGAAUCACUGCGAGCACAGCAAACAAAGUCCCCAUCAGAGCCGACCCUCGAAACUACAUCAAAAAUCAUCUCAACCCCACUUUCCAAGGGAAUGAGGCAACUCGCCAUGGUAUAAAAAGUGAGAAAUUGGCCAUCAAGUGGCUAGAGCGUCAUGGAAAUAUUGUCACGCGCAAAGGCACAGUCGUGUGUGAAAAUGAGCCCUGGCUGUCAGCGAGCCCUGAUGGAGUUCUGAACUCAGAGGACCUGCUGGAGAUCAAAUGUCCCUUUCUGAAAGAUAAUGAGUCUCUGGAGGACCUGUUUAGAAACCCAAACUAUGACGUGGAGAUGGUGAAGGGCAGGCCUAUGCUGAAGCCAAAUGGUCCACGGGGUUUCUACAUGCAAGUGCAACUUGGCAUGUUCUGCACAGGGCUGAGGACCUGUCAGCUGCUCAUCUGGACUCCAGUAGGAACUGUUCGGCUACCAGUCACAUACGAUGAGCAAUUCUGUGUGAAUACUGUGGAUAGACUUAAAAAGGUUUAUUUUAAUGAUAUGCUCCCUCAUGUGUCAAAUGAGUUUAAGGAAAACCACCUGUGGCUUUCCGCAAGUUAUGUGCGGCUUUGUAAAGAGUGAAUAUUUAGUGUCACCUACUGAACCUUUUCUUCUUUUUAGGGUUCGACAUUAGCAAGAACAGGCAUCUCAUUUGAACAAACUGUUGUGCCCUGUUUCCCAUGCACUUGGCCCUACUCAUGCCACAACUGUUGUACAUGCUUUUACUGUAUAUCCUGGCACCUUGUUUAUUGCAACAAUCUUCUCUUUUGUGUUAAUCAAAAAACUUUGAAGCGACUACUAUCACACCUGUUUUAUCCUCUUUACAUUAGCUCCCUGUUUGUUUCUGGAUUGAUUUUAAGAUCUUUAAAGACCUUUAAGGGUCUUUAUGACCUGGCUCCAGAUUAUAUUUUAGAGUUUGUAAUCCCUUAUGAACCUUUGUGUCUCUUCUAGAGUGAAAACUAAAGGGGACAGAGUCUGUGCUCUGGAAUGACCUGCCCUAGGAAAUAAGACUGUCUGAGUCAGUGUCUUCUUUUCAUGUCUGUUCUUAAAACAGACGUUUAACAGAAAGUAUUUCCUGGUUUUACCUGAGCUGUCUGCUUAUUUUUAACGUCAUGUUCAUCAUUUUUAUUUUAGCAUUUUAUUCCCUUUGUGUUUUAUAAUGUGUUUUUUUGUGUGGCUUUUAGUUCUUUUGAAUCUGUGUUUU